CUUUACAGCUUAACAAUAUUCUUUAUUAAUUUUUUAUUUUAACUGUGUAAUGCACCAAGGACCACUAAUUUAGUGUGUAGUGUAUAUUUUUCAAUAAGAAGUUUAAAAAAAACCUCUAUUUUUGCUAUUUGUAGUUUACUAGUCAUUAACAUACACUAACUGUAUUACAUGUAAGAUGUCAAAUACUAAUUCAUGUUUCAUUUACAUGUUAAUUUCAAAGACUAACUUCGCCAUAACUUGUGCAAGAUAUAUAAAGUAUAAAGAUCUAUAAAAGUUUUUGUUUACUUCAACAAGUGCCUUUUUGGAACUAUCAGGAAAUCAGUCCAUUGAACUUCUAAUUAUUACUAUGUCUAAGGCCCCAAAUGAAAAUCUUGUAACCUACAUUCUUGUUGUUGUUGGUGAUGGGGGUGUUGGAAAAUCUGCACUUACAAUCCAGUUCUUUCAAAAAUUGUUUGUGACUGAUUAUGAUCCAACUAUAGAAGACUCGUACAUACAACAUACAGAAAUAGAUGGCCACUGGUGCAUUCUUGAUGUCCUAGAUACUGCGGGACAAGAAGAAUUCAGUGCCAUGAGAGAACAGUACAUGAGGAAAGGAGAUGGUUUUCUUCUAGUAUAUUCAGUCACUGACAAGCAAAGUUAUGAAAACAUACGAUACUUUCACACUCAGAUUUUAAGAGUAAAAGAUAGGGAUACCUAUCCUAUGUUGCUGGUAGCCAAUAAGGUUGAUUUAGUUCACCUUAGAGUUGUGUCAGAAGAACAAGGAAAAGAAUUGGCAGCUUUGCUAAAAAUCCCUUACAUAGAGACAAGUGCCAAAGAUCCACCACUCAAUGUAGAUGCUGCUUUUCAAGAAGUUGUUCGUAUCAUCAGAAACCAGCCUCCAUGUGUUAACAGAAAGAAGCAGAGAGAAUGGUGGAAAAGAGAAAGACAUUGUAUGCUUUUGUAGUGCUGUGAAUUUUUAAUAGCUUGAAAGAAAAACUCAUUUCUAUUUUACAUGUGAACCAGUACUUAGCUUGUAAAAAAAAAAAGAGAUUGAUCUCUGAGGAGAGGCUCGGGAUGUAUGCAUAUUGGAGCAUGCGAUGAUGUUUCUGCAACUCUUGUCUUGUUUUUCUACUUCUUUAUGGUUAAUUAUGUUUUAUGAUUUGCAUAAUAGGUAGCCUACUUUGACAUUUAAAUUUACAGCAACAAUUUAAAGUUCUGUCUGGUCAGAUUUAUCAAAUCAAUUUACUCACAUCUCAAGGCUAUUUGAUACUUAUUUUAGCAAGAUACUUCAUUUUUCAUUAAACAUUUUCUAAUAAAAGUGCCCUAAUCUCAUGACUUAAUAGUACAUACAAACUUGAAAAGCAAAACGUUUUAUAAACAACAGCUGUGAAAGGAACUAAAAAAACUUGUAUUUUCAUUGUUCCUUUGGAACUAAAGUAUUACCCCUAAAGUUUUGUAAUUUAUAUAUUUUAUACUAAUCUUCAAUAGUUCUCAAAGUGUCGUAUUGUAGCUGCUAUUUUCAAGUUGUAAAGUGGAUCAACAUAAAACAGAAAAUAUAUGUGUAUAUUAUAUAGAUUCACACACACACUGCUAAUUUUGUUUAGAGUAGCUACAGUCAUGUGAAGGAACCUGUAAAUGAAGAAAGAAAUACUAGAAUUGGAACAAAAUUGAAAAUUUGCAUGUAAUGUGCAAUGAUGCAACAAACUUUCAUUCAAAAUUUGGAGAAGAUCCAUCAAAGGGGGCGAAGUAGUGGUAAAAAAUGCAAAAUCUGUCAUAAGUACCGUAAAACGAAGAGUAGAAAGGUGAAACUUUGCAUGUAACUGCAUCAAUAAUCAAAAGUAAUUAAUUUCCAAAGUUGUGUUAGGAAUUGGUUUGAAUAUAAUAUUUUGCUUCAAUUAUAGAUACCUUAAAAUUUUAUUUUACAAAAAUGUCUAAGAAAGAAAAUAGCAGCUAUCCUCUAAAACUGUCAUUAGAACGUACACUAGAAUUGUAGGCAAAUAGUGUAAACUUACUGUAAGUAAAUCAUGUUUAUAUACAUUUAAAAUAAAGUUUGAUGUAAACUGUAAGAUUGAAUUAUGAUUUUGUUUAAAGUACAUAAAGAUCUUUCAUGUUUAUUUUACAUUUUUCAAAUCCAUUUAUGAUUCUCAGUUUUAACAGUUUCUGGGAAUACAUUUUAAGAAAUAUGUAUUUGAGCUCAGUAAGAUACACACAAAUUACAGAAAAGUUAUGUUAAUUUUAAAAUCUAAAGAAACAAAUAAAAAAGUGUAACACAAUAGCAUAUCUUUAUUUUGGAUGACAUUUUAGGAAAACAUUUCCAACUAAACCAAAAAAUAAAUAGCACUACAAACAAAUGUUUUAUAUGUAUAAAUUUUAAGUUGCAGACAAUGUUUAGGGAAGGGUAAAAUAUAUACUGGUAAGAAAUAGGGCUCACAUAGCAGUAAGAAUACACAAUCUAGCAGAUUUAACUUUUAUUCACAAGCCUCACUUGUGAAAUAAUAUCUAAAAUAGGACCAGAUAUGAGUGUUGAAAUCUAGAACAUCCCUCUUCUGGAACUACUAUCACUGUCAGACUAGAUAUUGCCUAGUCGUCAACAUGCCGUAAUGUGAAUCUGAAGCUGCAAAAUCCUGCUCCAAACUUAAGUACUAUGUGUGCAUUAUAACAGUGGGUCAAAUCCCACUGUUUGAUUGGACAGGAGGUUACAGUGGGUGAUGUUGACUAGUUGCCUUCAUUCUAGUGUUUCAGCUUAAAUGAGGGACAGCUAUUGCAUGUAGCCCUUGUGAAUAUCAGAAAUAAAUGAGCCAUUUUCUGUUUGGAGCUGCCCGUCAGUGGCUCAGUAGUAAGACUGUGGGUUUAUGAUAAUACACAUGGUGGGCAGAGCACAGACAGCCCAUUAUGUAGCUUAGUGCUUAACUACCAAAAUAAAUAAGAAAACCUGUCUAGAGAUAUAAUUUUCUGAAUAAUUAUAUCAUUAGUAUACUGUCUGUUUAGUUAUACUCUAGGUAAUAAUUGCUCAUAAUAACAGGAAGGCAAUGAAAAAAAUUAAGAAUUAAAUAAAAAUAAAACAGUUUACUAUAACUGGAACAUGUAUUUCCUGGAAUUAUAAAGUAAACUCUUUGUUUCAUUUUUUUCCAGUAGCAGUAAUUACUGAUCUAGUCAUCUUAGGUUUUAUUAUGUUGUUCAUACAAGUAUGUGAAAUGGAAUGCUAACUUUAGAAGAUAAGUUUUAUUUAUUACUCCCAGUGGACCAUUUGUAGUUGCAAUUGAUUAUUUUUAAUAAAGGAAGUAAUCAUUGUUGUAGGGUUACACAGAAAAAUGAUCUGUUAUGUUUCCAUAUUAACAAACUCUAUCCCUUAGUAAAAUGUAGUUUUCACCCUAGUUUUGUCUGUGUGAUAGUUUUUCUCUAUGAAUUAUUACAAACAUCCCCACUGUAAUAAUGCUACAUUCUGUUAAGGAGAAAACAUGUAUGUGACAUGUAAAAAUGCAUUUCAGAACUCGGUGUAUGUGCUUGUACAAGGUAAGUUUUUUGUAUUUAAGUAAAUACGCAAAGGAACGUAUUAUAAAAGAUUUUAUGUAUAUAUGCACUGUAUACUUACUGGUACCUCUUGUAUUUAGCUCUAAAUUUAAUUCACGUGCUUCUUAUAGAGCUCUGAGAUAUUAGGAUUUAGUCUUUUAAGAUUUUUGAAUUCUCCCUACAUAUGAAUUCCAUUUUUGUGUGUGAGGAGUGGGGUAGUAACUGGAACAAAAGUAAGUAUCUUUAAUCAGAAGAUAUGUAUAGGGUGGGAUUAAUGGUAGCUUCAAACAGCAUCAGACUGCCUUGAAGCUGUUCAAAAAAACCUGAGGCAGUUUAAGAUUUUUUGAUAAUGUUACAGUUUUUAAAGGCAAAUAUAAUACCACUUGACCUUCUUCUGCUCAAAAUAAUUGUAAAAACACCACUGGAAGAGUCUUGUUGAUAUGGAAUAUAAUGUGGACAAAUACUUUUCUUCAUCAUAAUUUCAAAGCCUUAAAUAAAAAGGUUUUUGUAACACUUACUGUACUAUCAAAGAAUAUAUUUAUCACCUGUCUUGCAUAUUGGAAACUACUUAAGAGCUUUUUACAACAUUGAAGCUUGUUAGAUAAAAAUUGUAGUUAAAGUCUAUAUGUGCAAAGUUUAAAAAGUGUACAUCUGAAGCUAAGCUAUAAUUUUGUAGAAUAAAAAAUACAUACAUAUAUAUAUAUAUAUAUACUAUGAACAUGCAUGUCACUCACCAUGAAAAAAUACUCAUAUUUAUAAUUACGAAAGAAAAAAACAUGAGAAUUUGAUUCCAAUGAAUGGGGAGAGGAUUGAAUGACCAUUUCCAAUAUUUUAAAAGUUUACAACUUAGCAUCUUGUUAGUUUGAGAUAAGAUAAGUUCUUCUUUGUUUUUACUUUAUUUACUUUUGAAUACUUUUGUUGUAUAAGUUUAAUUUAGGCAAGGUAAAUCACUUAAAAGCUUUGUGUAAAAGAAUAAGUCCACAUUUUUUUUUUUGGAAAAAGACCUUGCUAAUUCCCUUACACUGAAAUUCUGGCUACAGCCUUGAAUGAAAUUAACUUUCAGUAAUUGAGACAAAAUGUGUGUCUAAUAAUCUUGUUAAUAUCAGUAUAUUUUCUAACUGGACAUUUGUAAUCCAUUCAUUUUAGUAGCAGUAAUUUGUGUACAUGUAUAGAUGAUGAAAACUUUAUAAAAAUAAGUCCUUGUUUUUUCAUUUACUUUAUUUUGUAUAGAUUUUCUUGCUUUUUCCAAUGAUAUAUCUUUGCACUUAAUUUUCAUAAUUGACUUAAUUAUAGCCAAAAGUGUCACUAGGUGCUUAAAAGAUUUGGGGCUUGGGCCCAUAAGCACGAGAAGUUGUGGCAUUUCAGUAUGAUAUCAAUCAUGAUUUUUCAAGACACGUGCUACAUGUUUUCUCAGUUCCUAAACCUAACAGGGUUGUUUGUAUGUUGGGAGAAAUGUUCCAACUAUGAGCAACAUCAGUGGACUUAUAGCUGUUAUUAGUUAACAAAAGUUUUAAGAAACGUUUUCAAAUUAUGAAACACCUGGAUGUAAAUAGCCUUUGGGUAAUUAAUACAGAGCGAAGGAAUUAGGACCUAUAAUUUCAAAAAUACUUAUAGAUUAAAAUUAAAACUACCAUUUUAGAACCCUAGAUGUACAUCUUUGGAGAAAGGCACAUAGAGAUCCAUGGAAAUGUGUAUCCAUGAUACAUAAUUCCUUGCUGUAAGUGGUUAAAAACAUUUGGCAGAAUGUGCUAGACAAACCACAUGUUUGUGAUUGGGUAUGACUGUCAAAAAGUUUUCUUAGCACAUUUUUUUAGUUGUGUCUUAAUUGUCUGAAUUAUAGCAGGCAAUUUUAAUUAGGACACAUUUAUAUACUUUCUUAAGUGUUCUUUUUAUGUCCGUGUUGAUGAACAUUGAUACUUUAGGUUCAUAUUAGUAAAAGUGGAUGAUUAUUUGCAAGUUAUUGUGAUUCUGCUGAGAUUUAAUGUAGAUAAACUGUGGCACCUUGUUUGGAAGAAGCAUGUUUUGUUUAUGCAAAUGGGAUACCUGCACUGUACUCCCACAGGGAUGAAAUCCCAAAUUUUGGCACUGUAAAACAUCAAUUACUAUUAAACAACAUUUACAUGGAAGUAACCACUAUUGACUUAAUUACCACAGAUUCACUGAAAGCUGAGGAUACGUGUUGUUGUUGUUACUUUUUUGAAAAUAAUUUUAAUAUUACAAGAUGAUUUUUAAGAGAGCAAGCAGAUACAUUAAAGCUCUCUCCAUUAAAUGCACCCAAAGAUGCAUGUAUCUAAACCGUGAUUGUUCUUUGAGUAUAAGAAAGAGUCUCACUAGUAACACCUAUUGGGUUGAAGAAAACAGGAUACAGAUAAAUGUUUCUAAUGUACUGUUAGAAAAUCAUUUUCAGAUGAUAUAUGAAGCUUUCAUAUUUAUUAUCUCAAUGAUCUCAUAAAAACGGUUUUAAAAUUGUCAGUUUUAACAGAGUGGACUGUAAAAUGUUAUUUACUGUAUAUACAUGUAGUAUAGAUGUAUUUAAAGCAAUUGCUUCUAUAUAUCUAUUUACUGUGUUUAUGUAUGUGUGUAAUAUACUUAAAAGGGCAUUGAGCAUGAUAUCAUUAUGGUAGGUAAAACUAAAUGUUUAGGAUAUUUCAUUAGCCAGGGCUGACCCAUUGAGGGGCCUUGCGUGUCCAGUUUAUAUCGUGUGCCCCCCCCCCCAAAAAA